UUUUCGGACCAUCUCGUUCUCCACCAGACCAUGGGCUACUGUAGAAAUGGGCUAGUGUGGAAGAAGGAACGAAUCCCUCCCCCCCAACCCCCGGGAAUUCCACUAGAUUAUGUGUGUAUGGUUAGAGGUUAAUAUGUGCGGAAAAUGAAAUGAAUUCCUCAAUUUGUAAUUACUUUGUUAAAUCGUAGUGAAAAUGUUUCGUACAUUUUGUAGAGUUCGUCAAGUAACGGGAAAGCAGACGAAUAAUUUAGGUACAUUCUUGGCAACAGUGAAACGUAUGCAAUCGAAUGCCCAUACAAUUCCCGUAAGGACUGUCUACGAAGACGAUGAAAAUGACUUGAAAGACGCCGAAGACGUUCAUACUGAACCUCUGGUGGAAGAUAAUCGGACGCCCAUAAUUGAAUGCAAGCGAAAGGAGUUCAAUUUUUAUAAAGGCACAACCCUCAAAAAGUUUGAUACGAUACCAAUAGCCUCACAGGGCUGGCAUCAUCUUAAAUCAAAAGGAGAUUACUUUACAAUUUAUCCGGACAUAGAGGAUGAUCAUAAUGAACUACUGGAUGAAGAAGGAACGACAUUCGAACAGUUGGGAAUUGGCCCGGAAGUUCAACAAAUCGUUAAAAAUUUGGGAUUCGAGCAACCAACGAAUAUUCAGAAGAUCGCUAUCCCUCAAAUAUUAUCCGGACAGAAUACAAUUAUUCAGGCCGAAACUGGAACUGGGAAAACGUUGACAUAUUUGUUACCAAUCAUUGAUCAGAUUUUGAGGUGGAAACGGUUAUUACCUGAUAGAAGGCCGAACUCUCCCCUCGCUUUGAUUCUCGUGCCAAGCAGGGAACUGGUAUUACAAGUUGGAACAGAGGUGAAAAAAUUGGCCAACGACCUAGAUAUCUCCGUCCAAACUCUCAUCGGCGGCAGGACUAAGAAAAUAAUGCGUAACCCCACAGUGAAAAACGUUGAUAUAUUGAUUGGAACUGUUGGUGUCACCAGCAAAGUAACAACGACUCGAAUUUAUAAAUUGAAUGAAGUGCGUCAUACGGUUUUAGACGAGGCUCAUGCUCUAUUUCACGAAACGUUUGAUGAAAAAUUGUCCAUUUUCCUCAGGAGAAUCAAUUUUGGUUUUAAACAGAAUGUUAGUGUUAAUAACACUCCCGGCAGCAGUCAGUUGACGAUGGCGUCAGCUACAAUGCCUGAAAAAUUACCUGAUUACCUGGAUAAAUGCUUGAACAUGGCUUCAAUAGUUCCAAUCCAAACCCAGAACAUUCACAGAGUCCUUGUUCCCCAAAAAUUCUGGCGUCUUGGUGCACUCCAGAAACCCGCAGCCCUUUUGAAAUUCGUCAAACCCAGAGCUCUGCGCAAGGAAGGGACAAUAAUCUUCAGCAAUAACGCCGCGACAGCUGACUGGGUCUCAAUCUUCCUGAACCAGAUGAACGUCAAAACCGUCGCCCUAAAUGGUAAUCACCCGGUUGAAAUUCGUCGAGAUAAAUACUGGGACUUCCGCAACGGCAGAGUUCACAUUUUGUCAACCACAAAUUCUUCAGGCAGAGGAUUAGACACAAUAACUGUUGAUUGCGUGAUAAACUAUGAUUUUCCAAUGAACACAGCUGAUUAUAUCCACAGGUGUGGUAGAACAGGCCGAGUGGGUAGCAAAUCUGCGGGUAGAGUCAUUAAUUUCAUAUGCCGUCCCCUCGAAAUAGACUUGACAAAGAAAAUCGAGCGAGCAGCGAGACGAGGAAGAGCUCUACCAAUUUUCGAUUACCAGGAACAGCUUCAAGAGAAAGCAAUGGACGCAGAACUCAAGCAGUUACUGGAAUCAGCACCAAAAGAUGAAUAAAAAUUAGUAAAAUGGUAAAAGGAUGGACAAUUUUGUACAUAGAGUUCGUCGAAAUAUCAAGAGAAAUUUAGAUAGAUCAUGUUAGGGGUGAGUGGGGCAACAUGGUACAGCCGAAAAACGACUAUUUGACGCAAUUCAAGCAAAAAAAAAAUUUGUUAUCAACUGUUGAUUAACUUUUUUUAUUGUUGGGAGUCCUUAUGACAAUAAUUUUCUAUUCGUCUUAUAAUUCAAUGGAUUAUCAUUCAGUUGAUUAGAUCAGGCCGAUUACACUCUGGACUUUGAAUUUAGCUGUUUCAUUUUAUUUUCAAUUAAUCCAUUGACAAAAUCUUCUCUCGUCAAAACUUCUUAAUAAUUUUC